AUGGCAGGGUUCUACAAUCAAAUUCCUGGAGAAGAAGAGAGCCUGCUGGGAGGAAGAAGGAGCCCAAAGUGGAAGCAACAGAAGCAAAAAUUACGAUGUUGGACUACAUUGACUAUCAUUGCUCUGCUGGGCAUUUUGGUAUUGACUGUGUACUUUGUGACGGGAACUGAGCACAAGAUCUCGCAUUCCACAACAGAGACGCCCGACACACAGCAUGAACUACCUGCAACGUCAUCUCAAGAUUGGUCAAAGAGAACGUCUCAGCAUGAACAGGCCUGCAAUACCAUCGAGGAAGGUUACCAAUGCAAUCCUGCGAUCUCCCACCAGUGGGGCCAGUAUUCGCCCUACUUCUCUCUUUCCGAGGAAUCAGCCAUCUCAGGUGAUAUACCUGGCAAUUGUGACAUUACCUUUGUCCAAGUAGUCUCCCGCCAUGGCGCUCGAUACCCGUCAUCAACAAAAGGCAAGACUUAUGCCGAUCUCAUCGAAGCGAUUGAGGCGAAUGCAACUGCAUAUAAGGGCAAACUGUCUUUUCUCCGUUCAUACAGAUACAAAUUGGGCACUGAUGAUUUGACACCCUUUGGAGAGCACCAGAUGGUGGCUUCUGGCAUCAAGUUUUACCAGCGCUAUGAGGCGUUGACCAGGCAAGCUGUGCCCUUCAUUCGUUCAUCUGACUCGGAGCGUGUUGUGGAAUCAGGCAACAAAUUCAUCAAGGGCUUUCAGAAGGCAAAAUCGCAUGAUAAAGAUGCGAACCAUGAGCAACCGCAUCCCAAGAUCAGCGUCAUCAUCUCCGAAGAAAGUGGUGCCAACAACACUCUGAAUCAUAACACCUGUACGAAUUUUGAGACGAGUAGCCUGGGAGAUGAAAUCGCAGACAAUUACACAGCCAUUUUUGCACCGCCCAUCCGAGCCCGGAUUGAGGCUGAUCUCCCAGGCGUUCAACUCGAAGACAAUGAUAUCCCACGCUUGAUGGACCUUUGUCCUUUCGAGACAGUUUCCCCAAGCUACAACGCAGCCGAACAAUCCCCUUUCUGCGACUUGUUCACCGAAGCUGAAUGGAUUCAAUAUGAUUAUCUCCAAUCACUGCAUAAGUAUUACGGCUAUGGCGCAGGCAAUCCACUCGGCCCAGCCCAAGGGAUCGGUUUCGUCAAUGAAUUGAUCGCUCGACUCACAAACACCCCAGUAAACGACCACACGACCACAAACUAUACUCUUGACGCACCAGGUGCUGCAACAUUCCCCCUCGAUUACAAUAUAUACGCAGACUUUACCCAUGACAAUGGAAUGAUUCCAAUCUUCUUUGCCCUGGGGCUGUACAACGGCACCGCUCCACUGCCACUCACCCACACCCAGACUCCAGAGCAAGCGGAUGGCUACUCAGCUGCGUGGACUGUACCUUUUGCCGGUCGCGCUUAUAUUGAGAUGAUGCAAUGCCGUUCGGACCCAGAUCCAGAGCCCUUCGUCCGGGUCCUUGUCAAUGACCGUGUUGUUCCACUGCAUGGUUGCCCGGUGGAUUCACUUGGUCGAUGCCGCCGGCGCGACUUCGUGAAUGGACUCACUUUCGCACGCUCGGGAGGGAACUGGGACCAGUGCUAUGAUUAG